AAAAUGCCCCCAUCGCAGCUGAAGCAGCUCAAGGCUUCUCUUCGCGAUAGCGGGGUGCUUGGUCCCCAGAAGUCCAAGAAACAAAAGCGCCAAAAUGCGAAGACUGGUGCCAAUGGGCAGAAUCGAGCCCAGCGCGAUGCCGCUCUGAAGGCUAUUCGAGAUCGAUUCAAUCCAUUCGAAAUUAGGACAACGUCUCGGCCCAAAUUCGAUGUAACCACUCGAGAUGGGGGCUCUAACUCAAAUGUUGGCAGACCUGGGGUCACCAGAUCGCUUGGUGAACAGAAGAGACGCCAAACUUUGUUGCACGAGAUGGAUCGGAAGAACAAAGUCGGUGGUAUUCUCGAUCGCCGAUUUGGUGAGGAUGAUCCAACCAUGACACCGGAGGAGAGAGCUGCGGAACGAUUUGCCAGGGCCAGUCAAAAGAAGCUGCGAAAGGAGUCAAUGUUCAACUUAGAAGAGGAGGAUGAUGAAGAGUUCCAGCUUACUCAUAUGGGUGAAUCUUUAUCAUUUGGAGGCGAUGAUUUCCAAGAAGGCGAGCUGGACGCUGCGGAGGAUAUGUCCGACUCCGAGAUGCCUCGGAAAAGGAAGCGAAUAAUCAACGAUGAUGGCGAGAUGGAAGAUGUCGACUCGGAAGAUGAUGAAGAACUGCCGGAACGCAAGAAAUCAAAGAACGAAGUUAUGAAGGAACUCAUUGCAAAAUCGAAGUUCCACAAACUCGAGCGUCAGAAGGCCAAGGAGGAUGAUGAUGAUCUCCGCGAGGAGCUAGACAAAGGACUUCCUGAUCUGUUUGAUAUGCUCAGAACCAUAAAACCACCUCCAAACCCUGAACCGGCAAAGGAUGACCUAGCUUCAAUGAACCCUGAGCGCGCUGCUCUCUUGGAAGGAAAAUCGGAAGUCGACACUGAGAAGGAAUACGACCAACGUUUAAAGCAACUGACCUUCGACAAGCGUUCCGCGCCCACGGAUCGUACUAAGACGGAAGAAGAAAAGGCAGAGGAGGAAGUGAAACGGCUUAAGGCUCUUGAAGAGGCGCGAAUUCGCAGAAUGCGUGGUGAGGAUUUGAGUGAGGAAGAACCAGAGGCAGCUGAAGAAGAGGACGAAGCCGACCCCUGGGACGAAGAAUCACUCCCAGAUGAUGCAAAGGAAUUUGGGUUUGAACACUCUACGAGUCACACCACAUCCCGGCCCGAUGGUGUUGAGGAUGAGGACGACUUCAUCAUCGAGGACGAUCUCGUUGAGACCAGAUCAGAUGUGAGCCUUUCUUUCGACGAGAGUGAAGAGGAAGACGAGUCCGCCAAAGAGUCUGAAGAGGAGGAUGAGGAGGAGGAUGAGCUCAUCAACGACCUAGCUAUCCCAGGAGACAACUCUGGUGAUGGAUCCAAUGCGCCCAACGGUGCAAAGGACGCUCAAGGGUUGGCAUACACAUAUCCCUGUCCCGGAAGCCAUGAUGAAUUCCUCGAAGUGAUUAAGGAUGUUCCCAUAGGAGAUCUCCCUACAGUCAUCCAGCGAAUUCGAGCUCUGCAUCAUCCUCGUCUCCACAGCGAUAACAAGGCAAAGCUUGGUCGCUUUGCUAGGAUCCUCAUUCAGCAUGUCGCCUACAUGGUUGAACAGCCCGAGCAUCCGCCGUUUGCGAUUGUGGAGAACACCCUCCGCCACAUUCACUCCUUAGCCAAGAGCCAUGCUGAAAGUGUAUCAUUGGAGUUCCGGGCUCAGCUACGCGAAAUCGCUACCGAACGCCCACUCAACCUCCGUCCCAGAGAUCUCAUCAUCCUAACGGGAGUUGCAGCUAUUUUCCCGACAUCUGAUCAUUUCCAUGCCAUCGCAACACCAGCACACCUGUGUCUUGCACGGUAUCUCGGACAGGGCCCUGUGAACAGUCUCAUGGACCUCACAACGGGGACGUAUGCGGCCAGCCUGUGUCUCCAGUAUCAGACAGCCUCGAAACGGUACCUGCCCGAAUUCAUCAACUACGUCCUCAACGCCCUGUACAUCCUCAGCCCAGAAGAACCCCGCAAGGACGUAGGAUACUUCCCUCUCCGCCUGCCCACGGAGCCUCUCCGACUCAAGCCCUCGAAAUCAAUCCCCCACCGCCAACUCCGAUUCUGGGACAUCUCCCCCGAAACAUCCAACCAGCACACAGCUCACGAGGAACUCAAACUCUCCCUCAUCAGCACACUCGCCUCCCUCGUAGCCAGCGCCUCGGACGUGUGGGCCAGCAAAUCCGCCUUCACGGAAGUCUUCGAACCCGCCCAGAAAGCCCUCCAGCAGGUCAUGCGCUCCUGCGGCACCAAAGUCCCCCCAAAGGCGCGCGAUACCAUCCAAAUCGCCCUCGACAAACUCGACUCGCACCUUUGCCAGGCCCGUCGGUCCCGUCGACCACUCCUCCUACACCACCACCGCCCGCUGGCGAUCAAAGCGGCCAUCCCCAAGUUCGAGGACACCUUCAACCCAGACAAACACUACGACCCCAACCGCGACCGCGCAGAGCUCAACCGUCUCAAGGCCGAGUACAAGCGGGAGCACAAGGGCGCGAUGCGCGAGCUCCGCAAGGACGCCAACUUCAUGGCGCGCGAGCAGCUGCGCGAGAAGAAGGAGCGCGACGCAGAGUACGAGCGCAAGUACAAGCGACUUGUGGCGGAGGUGCAGAACGAGGAGGGUCGCGAGGCGAAUGCUUACGAGAGAGAGAAACGGUUGCGGCAGGGAAAGCGAUAG